UCCCCCCCCCAGGCUGGCCUGCCUUUUUCUCAAACGCGGCGCUAACAUGAAUGCAGUCGACGGGGAAGGCAAAGACCCCCUGGGCAUCGCCAUCGAUUCGGCCAACGCAGACAUUGUAACCCUGUUACGACUGGCCAAGAUGCGGGAAGCUGAGCUGGCCUUGGGCCAGUCGGGUGACGAAACCUACCUGGACAUUUUCCAAGAUUUUUCCUUCAUGGCGUCCAACGAUCCGGAAAAGCUGGCCAGGAAAGCCUACGAUCUCAAACUCACCACCUUGUGAAGUUUCCUCAAAGGAUCAAAAUCCACCUGGAAGAUGGUCUUUUCCUUCGGCCAGGAUUCACGGAGUGGCGGGACUCUCCAAAAAUUAAAUUCAGUUACUCAGGUUGCCCAAGGUGUGGGGGGGGAGGGUGGCAGUUUUGAGCACACUUCCCCCAAAUUUUCUUUCCACCCCGGUUGGAUUUGGGGUGAAUUUUUGGCAAAAAACAAAACAAAAACAAAAAAACCCAGCCAGGACAGCGAAGAUCAAAAUAGGGGAAGUUUUCUUCAUUUUGAACUUUCUUCUGUUUUGUUUUGUUUUUGUCUCUUCUUUCCUUGUUUUUUUUUUUUUUAAUUUAUUGUUUUUGAACUGUCUUAUCGUCUCAGAAUGAAUUCGAAGGGACAAGUGAUGGAAUCCAUUUGCACUCCGAAUCGAAUAUUUUAUUUUAUUUUUCUCCCAAGUCUGGAACGAGUGACGUGUGUCGGGGUCUGGAGUGGGGGGGGAACGUGGGGGUGGUUUUUUUUGGAAACAAAGCUGUGAAUUUUAUUUGGG